CGGUCCCAGGUUGACUUGUUCGGUUCGGUGCCUCCUUCCGUUCCGCUGGCCAUGGCUUCCUUGUCCCGGUUUAAUUUGGCGUCUGAUUGCUCGACCUCACCUGAUCCAUCGCCCCAUCGUCUACACAGUUGCUGCUGCCGCCCAGGCCGCCGGACAGCGGAUGACUGCUGCGGCAGCACUGGUGCCGGUCCAGGGAGCGAGAGCGAGAGGGACAGCACCAGGAAGACCAAGAUGCCGGCGGCGGGACUGAGGAGGGCCGGCGGCCGGUUUCCUCUUGCGCGGGACGUCGGGAGCAGCGGCGCCAAUGAGCGCUCCUCCUCGGUCCGCCGCGGCUUCGGCGGCGGCGUUGCAAUGCCGCGCGCGUUGCUGGAGGACUCGGCGCCGGCGGUGGACGCCCCCGCGACGACCGGCAGGGAGCCGCCGCCCCCGGCCUCAUCCGCGGCGUCUAGGGUCACGCCGGCGGUGCUGUUCGUCACGGUGGUCCUGGCCGUGGUGCUGCUCGUCUCCGGCCUGCUCCACGUCCUGCGCCGCCUCUUCCUCAAGAGCCGCCACGCCAGCGCAGGCGCCGGGGAGCGCCAGCUGCUGCAGCACGAGGACGCCGGCGGCGGCCUCGGCCAGGCCGCCAUCGACGCGCUCCCUGAGUUCGCGUACGGCGAGCUGUCCGGCGGAGGCGCCGCCGCAAGCAGCAAGGGCAAGGGCAAGGGCAAGGAGAAGGCGGCCCGGCCGUUCGACUGCGCCGUCUGCCUCUGCGAGUUCGACGACCGCGACCGCCUCCGCCUGCUCCCGCCGUGCGGCCACGCCUUCCACGUCGCCUGCAUCGACGUCUGGCUCCGCUCCAGCGCCACCUGCCCGCUCUGCCGCACCAGGCUCUCUGCGCCAUCAUCCGUCGGACCGGACGUCGAGGAGCAGAAACUGCAGCAGGACCAUCAGCCACCAGACGACGAGAGCGGCGUCGUGCUCCCGCUCCCGGUUAGGCUCGGCCGGUUCAAGAACGCCGACGCCGAGUCCAGCACAGGCGCCACCAGCCGCAUCGACGGGCGGAGGAGGUGCUACUCGAUGGGCUCCUACCAGUACGUGCUCGCCGACGGCGACCACCUCCUGGUCUCCGUGCACCUGCGGCACGGCAAUGCGCGCGGCGGGUCGGGCGCGGUGUGCGGCCCCAGCGCCGCCGCGCCCAGCGGCAGCGACCCGCGUCAGGGCAAGAAGGUGUUCGCGCGCGGCGACAGCUUCUCCGUGUCCAAGAUCUGGCAGUGGCGCGGCAGCAAGCGGCUGCCCGGCGGCCUCUGCGCCGACGACGACGGCCUGCCGUGGGCGCCGGCGGCCAAGGAUCGGACGACAAACACGAGGAGGCAACAUAGCGACACUUGACUUGAUCAUACACAGCAGUAGACAAGACAGACAACCGACACACACGCUUCACCUUGUUGACUAGCGGCGGAUUGGUAGUAGAAUUUUGCUGGUGAAAUCAUUCCACGAACGACCAAUUAUUCACUCAUGCCAAAAAAGAAAAAAAAAAGAAGCAUCUUUUUGGGUGAUCUUGGUGUGCAACAAACUGUACAAUAGUUUGAUGACUAACGUUAAUCCCAGCAGGUUGGCAGUGCAGAGCACACACAUAUAGAUAUAGAUAUUAGCCCAUAAUUUUGUACUUGCACUGG